ACACUAUCAAAUAUGUGCGCAACGGCGCUAAAUGUCUGUGAAGGCCGUUCCGACUGACUUAUGUUUAAGGAGGUUAAGCCUGAAGUAACUGAUUUUAUCGAACAAAGUAGGAAGCAAAGAAAUGAGCGGCGUGAUGCUAAAGCUAGAGCGCUAUCUGCUGUAAUCAUUCAAAAAAACUGGAGAAGUUUCGUAGUUAGGAGAAAUGUCAUUCGAGGCUUUCGAUCGGAGUUUGACUUCAAGAUACUUGAAGGAAACGGUGUCAAAUUGACUCAGUUGAUUCCUGCCACUGAACUUUUGAGGUAUGUAAAGUAUCUGAAGUUCCAUUAUAACUCGAAACUGGAUUAUGAACGUUUUCUAGUUCUUAUUCGAUAUAUAGUGAACUCUGUGGAUACCGGAGACUUUAAAGUUUCUUAUGUAUCUCUGGCGUUAAGGAAACCCACACUGGUCGAUUGGAUAAUUACAACGAAAUGGUUGUUCUCUACGGUUGUCGAACAUAUGGGUUCUUUAGAUCCAUCCAUUCCUAGUGAUUCCAAGGUUUUGAACAUAUUUCUGUCAUUCUUACUAAUACAUACCAACUGUUGCCAGUGGUCGCUGAUACAAGAUGAAAAACUGAAGCCUGCGAUGAGCCGAUUGGCUACAACGUUUCUCCAGCAUCUUGUGCAAAAGAGUUUAUUUGAACAUUUGAAUGCUGUUUUGCAAAAGGGUUUGGCUAGACACACUCCUGCAUUAACAAAAGUAUCUUUGACUGGUAUAUUUACCAUUGCUAUGAGACCCUUGAUAUAUGAAAAGUUCCCUCAGAAGCUUGUUAUUUCAUUUACAAGAAAUAUCUUAACUGUACCUGGAUUUAUACUGCAUAUAAAUUCCAUGAUGAAUGAAGCGUAUGAUAUUAUAGUGAAUGAGAGAUUGUGCUCCAAAAUCAUCAUGACAUUAUACGAUAGUUCAGAAGAGUUCAAUAUUCUGCUAUCUAAGCUAGAUGGAUCAUAUGUUUUAUGCUUGAUUGCAAAUCUUAUCCAACUCAGUCUGUUAGAAACUGAUAUCUUGGCCUCUCAUUGUACAGAAUUUUGUAUUGUUUUAUCCAAAUCUAUGCAUUAUUUGGCUACUUAUGUUGGUAGUAAAAAGUCUAAUCUUUGCAGUUGGCAUCCAAUUUUGGGGUGGUUCGCUCAAUCACUAGAUAAUUCCUUACAAUCAGCCAUGUCCUUUGUAACAAGUCAGUUAAGACUACUCUGGAAUGGUCGGAUGGUUCGUUUAUUAUUUGCCGAUUUGUAUGCGCAAGCUGAGCUAAACUUACCUGAGUUAAGUACAUCGGACGGCCGUUCAUCUAGCACAGGUCAUCAUUCUACGAAUACAACUUGUACAAGUCAACAUGGACCUGGCGCACCUUCUAAAGCGGAAAAACUUGCUGUGUUAGGGUUAUUGCCACCUAUUUCACGGAUGGGCGGUAGUAGAUCGGCUGGCUCUGAUAUUGAUGGUUAUGGGCAUCGUGUACGUCAUGGUCUUUCAAAUUUUCUACGUCAAAUAUCCAAUUCUUCAGCAUAUCGUGCUAGAUUUCGAAAUAAGAAAGAAAUAACUAAUAAUUACAUUCCAAAUCUUUCCACUGGACGUUCAGAUAGUCCUGGACCAAGUGAUUUACCGAAAUCCUUAAAAGCUGUGUGUAUGCUUUAUUGUUUUACUUCUGGAAGUUUGAAAGAAAUUAGAAGCGCUAUAUUGGCAGGUUUAUCAUUAGGUGAUUUAUUACCUCGUAUGUGGCGUUUAAUUUCUUGCUGUGGAUCUGUACGUGAUUGGGCUCAUGUGAUUAUGAAUUCACAAUCAGUUUACCAUUUAGAACCACAUGAAUCUCAUUUGAUGCAAAUAUUUGCUUCAGCUACAAGCAAUUUGUUGAGCAUAUUAGAUGAUGCCGAGUUAUUUGAAUUGAAAAAAUCGUUUACAAUUGACGAAUUAUGUUCAAUGGGUUCAUUUUUUAAUCAUUUAAUUUAUGAAUCAGUCAUUAUGGUACCAGAUCCAAAUCAACUUAAAUUAUGGAGUCCGUCUUGUAAAGAUGAUAAUAAAUUGAAUAAAACCAAUGAAUCAGUUGCAAUGCAUGAUAAAAAUAAUAAGUCUGCUAUUCAAUCAAACAGUUCAUCUACUGUUAUGCCUAAUUUAUUUACAAUUUGUUUACGUUUAUUAUCUGUAAUCUAUGAACGUGAUAGUAGACAUUUAUUUACACCACCGGAUUUUUGGUUAAUAUCAAACCUCAAAGUUUCAGCUUUUCUAGCAGAUCUACGGAAACCGAAACCACAUGCGACGUUUCUGCUCAAGCAUAUCCCGCAUAUCAUUCCGCACAAAGAACGUGUUAUUCUUUUUCGAGAUUUUGUACGCGAAGACAAAGCAUCACUGGGGAUACAUACUCGUACAAAUUGGCUUACAGAUGAUGGUCCAGUUGGUGCUGUCAUCACAGUUCAUAGAAAUCGUAUUGUUGAAGACGGUUAUCAACAGUUGGCAAAUUUAACUUCGUCUCAGUUACGUAUGAAGAUACGUGUACAGUUUGUAAACGAAAUGGGUUUAGAUGAAGUUGGUAUUGAUUUAGACGGUGUGUUUAAAGAAUUCUUAGAAGAAACUCUUCGUCGUGUAUUCGACCCUAGUUUAAAUUUAUUUCGUGUGACUAAUGACCAGCGUUUAUAUCCGUCACCUACUUCACAUUUACAAGAAAGUCAUUUACAGCUCUUCGAAUUUUUGGGUAAAAUGCUUGCCAAAGCUGUUUAUGAGUGUAUUGUUGUGGAUGUACCAUUUGCAAAUUUCUUUUUAACUCAAUUACUUGGUCGUGAAAAAGCUGGAUGUUACAGUUUUCUCGAUGAAUUAGCCACAUUAGAUAAAGAAUUAUACAAAAGUUUAAGUUAUAUUAAACAUUAUGAUGGAGAUGUUUCUGAUCUGGAAUUCACUUAUUCUUAUGCUGAAGAUUGUCUAGGUCAAGUGAUUAUACAUGAUCUCUGUCCUGGUGGCCGUCAAAUUUCUGUAACGAAUGAUGUCAAGUAAUCUAUUUCUUUAUCCUUUUUUACGCUUAAGCAUUUUCAUGUUAAAUGUGUAUAAAGCAUUGAAGUAAAGUGUUUAUGUUUAGAAUGUACACAUCUUGUUCCCUAAUGAGGUGCUUCUCAAUUUGUGGUUUAUAGCGGUAAAUAUUUACAACUUUUGAACGUUACGUAAUAGUUGAAACAAACAACUUGUUGUCUAUAUGUCAUAUUAUCCCUCCCUAAUACCCUACUAAAAACGAGAGGUUUUAAGAUUUCUGUCGGAAUUGAAUAUAAUGGUGAUUGUUCCAAACUUUCCCGCUUUCAUUAUACUGUAUAUGUGUUAGUAGUCUACGUAACCUUAGACUUCGUCAAUUCCCGAUGCAUCAUAUUCAACUAAAUAAUAAUAUAUUCUUUAUUUCCAAAGUCAAUUACCAUUAUAGUUUACAAUUUAAUUAGUUGAUUUAUUGCACAAAUUUAAUUUCAAAGCGGUUUGUUAAAUUGUUAUUACACAUUCUCAGUCAGUGGGAGUUUUUCUUUUUAGUUAAAAUUAUUGAUUAUAUAUUAAGGUGUUUCCUUCUUACUGAAUGCUUCAAAGACAAGUUGAUUUGCUGCUCACAGAAAUUAACAACGACUAGUUACUUCAAUAAUAUUAUACUUAGUAAAUCUACGUAUGUUUUCACAUUUAAAAUUUAAUUAACAAAUGACAUUAUUUAAAAUUUUGACCGUUGUGAUCUUAGAUAAUGUAUUCAAUGUUCAAAUGUCUUUUUUAAAUUUCAAUUAUGCUUUUUUUGCAUAAAGAAUAAGUUACGUUCAUAGCGUUGCUCACUUUCGAAUGUAUAAACAAAUUAGAGCACAGACAGCUUCUUUUAUACGGGGAUUUUAUUCUAUACUAAAUCCUGAUUGGUUGGCUAUGUUUUCUCCAUCAGAAUUACAAACACUUAUCUCAGGUGAUAGUAGUUCAAUGGAUAUUGAUGAUUUAAAACAACAUACACGUUAUUCGGGUGGAUUUCACAGUAAUCAUCGUGUAAUUCGGUGGUUAUGGGAUAUUCUUAGGCGUGAUUUCGACGAUAGAGAACGUAGUUUAUUUUUGAAGGUAAGUUGUUUUCGUUUAUUUCUACUCCCUCACAUACACAACUAGUUAUUAUUUCACUGUCCGUCUCACAAUUCAUAUAAUAAUGUCAAUCAUGUCAUAAUCUUAAUUUUUCUGACAAGAAACCGGUACAGUUUAAUUUAUAGUUAAUGUGUUCUCCGUUUACACUUAUUUGUGCCAUUAAUGAUUUAUUUAGUUGUGUUUAAAUAGAAGUAUGUCGGCAGUGGGACUUGCACUUUGAUUGAAAAAUUUAUGGCGUAUUGUAUUACUAGCUUUAAAGCUGCUAUCUAGAACCUUAUUUAUUUAAUACAUUUGUAUGAAUCUAAUGUCACUUGUAGCCAAAGAACUCUUAAGUGGCAUAUAUGUGCAUGUUUUUGAAUUUUCAUACGCCAUUAUCCUUUGUUAUAUCGUACAACAAAGUCUACAAUAACUAGUAACCAGUUAAUAAUAGAUAUAUUAUUUUUAUAUCCCAAUGAGUAGAAAAUUUGUAUUUCUGACGUUUCGUGACUUAAUGUAAGCUACUUCUUCAAAGCAAAUGGGUAAUAUUAUCUGUAGUAACCAGUUAGUUUACAGUAAUAUUUAAUAAGUCACGUGGUUUGCAGGCGGUUGAUUGUCUAAUAUGUUAGUGACUUAAGGCUCUGUGCACAAUGUGUUUUCAAUUCUGUUUAGUGUCUACUCAUAAUACAUAGUUCAUAAUGUGUUUUUUCUUAGUGGGGUUUUUACAUCCUUGGUUACGGCUUAAUUCGUUCAGUCGAAUAAUCAAAGUUGUUCAACUGAUACAAUUAGUUAUUUUUGUAUAACUCGUAAAUGUGCCGAUUUAGUAAUUGAAUCGAAGGUUGAUAGGUAGACAAUCAACUGAUACAGUUAAAAGUUAUCUCACCAGUCAGCCAUAAUGUACUUGACCUGUUUCCUAUAGACAAUAUAUAAAUAAAUUUUUACAUUUCAUACUCCCUCAGUAUUUAGUGAAAUAAAGUAUUUCAUUUAUUCUCUACGUAAUAGAAAUCAAUUGUUUUCGUUUUUUCUACAGUUUGUUACCAGUUGUUCUAGGCCACCUCUUUUGGGGUUCGCUAAUCUUGAACCACCAUUUUGUAUACGUUGUGUACAUUAUACUAAUGAAGAUCAAGUACGUUAUUUUAAAUUAUUAUCAAAAUUACCUUGAUGAAUAAAGGCAAGUUAACGAAGAUUACUUUAUGUUUAUGAGAUUCUACGAAUUAUUAUUGUUAGUUAUUGAUAUAAACCAGUGAUAGAGAGAAUAACCAAACGACUAGGCCUCAUCUUCUUUUCAUGCUAAAACUGUCCAUAAUUAGUGAUUUUAUCUUGUUAACGUUAGAAUGACAAUUGAUAUUUUGUUAAUAGAAAUAUUGAGAGAAGAUAAAACUAUAAGCUUAAAAACAAGUUGUAAAGUGUACUAUGGACGUACAGAGGAGAAAGAUGAGAAUAGAAAUUCUGUUUGUUAAAAAACUCAUAUUGUUAACUUAAAAAUUUUAGCUCAAAAGUGAAAGUAGGAAAAUUCGUGAGAGAUGGGUUUCACAAUGAUGCAUUUCACCUUCGACAAUUUUUUCAUAAUCUACAACUGAUGACGUCUAGAUAUUUACGUUCUUUAUCUAAUCGAUGUAUUUAUUGUUAAUGGAUUUCUUGUUUAUAGUUUUGAAAUGAGAAUAAUCUCCGUUUUGGUAAAUAUUUUCUCAUUUUUUUACUUUUGAUUUCUACAGGAUGUCGGUGAUACUCUAGGAUCAGUACUGAAAGGAUUUCUGGGGGUUGUUGGUCGCCGUGAAGAAGUAUCUCGCCUACCAACUGCGUCUACUUGUUUUAAUCUUUUAAAGUUACCUAAUUACUCGUCUCGUAGUGCAUUGAAAGAAAAGUUAAGAUAUGCCAUAAAUAGUCAUGCUGGAUUUGAACUAUCGUAGCGGAGAAAUUUCUUGACAAGCUACAAAUAAUAUGUACUUAUUAUUUUUAUGAUGGAACGCUGUAAAUAUAUAUUAUGUUUAAUAUUUUCAUCUCAUUUGGUCCAUUCUUUGAUGAUCAACAUAUUUUUUUGUCUAAUUUCUCUUCGUUCUUUCUAAUUUGAGUUAUUCACAUUUUCAAUUCAUGGUGCAUAACUCAGUGUCAUUAGACAAUUAUAUUAUAAUACUAUGAUAUGUUUGCUAGCACGUUUAAAUGACUGCAAAGUUUGCAGACAGAGGCUUUGAUUUUGCCAUUCUGAUAACCGCCAGAAAGUGCUCUUUUCUAAUUGUUUUUAUUCUUCAUAUACUUCCUUUCCCAAAUAGAAUGAAGGAAUUGCUAUUUAAUUUACGACAUUACUUUCAUUCCUCGAUGCUUUAUUGUCCCCAGUGGGAAAAAUCACUCAGUUCUCUAACAAGUACUUAAAAAUACGCUGUCAAAUAGAAAUGGUAGUCAU